AUGGAUCCACCUAGCCAUGGCGCUUACGAAGAUGCUGAAGAAAUUCCUUCUAUGAUUUCUUCAUGUAGUCCACCGAUCGUUUUCAUGGCGAACCAACAUAGUUCUGAUAUCUAUGAAGACGCUAAAGUGAAUCUACCAGGAACCUCGACUAUGUCCUUCCUUUCCCCCGUCGAUCUCCAUGAUAGGGCUAAGGAAGAAUUCAAUCAGCUUGACGCUGUUGUCGCCCGAAUGUACGAAAAGAUGAGAAAAUCCUUGAAAAACGACGAGCCAGAGCGCAUACAAAUCAUGAGAGAGGCGAUCGAAAAGAAGAUAGAAGAAGUCUAUUCAUGCGACUCAAACGUUACUUUGAUCAGAAGAGCCAGCAUGCAAAAAGAGGGGAGAAAACCAAAAGCAGCUCCGAUCCAACCCUUCAAGACGGUGCAUGUGGAUACUCUUACUAAGCUGAGUGUGUCGCUGAUUGUAUGUGGUGGCGAAUUUAUGGUGAUAUAA